UGCAUUAUAAGCCCUGAUAGUUCCUUUAGAAUGACAGAAAAUUAAUCUGCAACCAUAACCUUAUUUUUCUUCUUCUUCUUCUUCUUCUUCUUCUUCUUCAGGAUAUGCUAAUUGUGGUAUCCCCGGUCUCUGGAUUCUUGUAUUCGAUGUUCAGAAAGCGAACUCUUCUAGCGUGCGCGGGAAGAUAUAUACGACUACGAGCUGUGACAACCUACUAACAAUUGUGGCAGAGAUGUGCUCAGUAUCAGAAGAGUAUGUUGUCAUUAAUUUGCAAAACAUGCCACGUAUUGCUGUCAUUGCUGAUCCUGUAUUACAGAAGAAAAACCUGUUUCUGGUAACAAGCGAAAUCAAUGGAAGCCAGUAUUGCGUGAGCGUUCACAGAACCAUGACGGUAGCUACAUUCAUUAAUACUGUUGGAAAGAAUCGAAGAAAGAAACAUGAAGAAAGGCUGUACCUAAUUUUAAAAGUCGAAUAUAUAAAAGCUCAACUCAAGAGCUUUGCCAAAUUGUGGGACCAAGUCAUUUGAUCGAGUUCAAGUUCAUGAAACAGUUACAACUGAAGAUGAAGUGUCAUUAUCAUUGCACGUCAGGUGUUGAAAUUCUGUACCAUUUAGUCUGCUUCAAUACCGACAUAGUGGAAGAACUAAAAAUGAAAUUCAUUCGACAGUUCGGAAACGAAUUUCCAUCUGUUUGGGAUGAAAGUGUGGAAAUUAAUUUUUCCUAUCAUACACGAGUUUUGACAAAUGAUGAAUAUUUUCUUCUUGACGGGGAACCAGGCAGAAAUGAACCUGUACUGUCAGUUGCUCGACUGGGCGAUCUCACUAUACAUGUGACCAGCAAAGACAACAGGCCAGUGUGUGUUACCUUUACGGAGUCGGGAAAACGAACUGUUAAGAAAGUAAUCGUAACAGAAAAAUCCGCAACAACAGAAGACCUACGGUUAGUCAUCGGAAAUCAUUUUAAACAGUUACCCAACUCAUUGAAACUGAGGUUGAACUUGAAAAAGAAGAAAAUACCAGACGACAUGGUCCUGGAGAAGAUAGAUGGAUUCUUACCAAACUGUCACAUCUUUGCUGAAGCAUCAGACAAAACAACGUUCACGAUCAAAAUAUCCCGAGAAGGCAAAUCAUCUACAAGAAUUGUGGAGAUGUACAAAUACGACAAAGUGAGCCAGUUACGAGAUCUCCUGGCAACAUCAGAAAAGACAAAUGUCUUUUCUGUACAAUUGUGCUACUCGGGAAAAGAAAUGGAUGACGAUAAACGGUUGAAGAUAUAUCACAUCGACCAAGAAGACACCAUAAAAAUGGAGAUAUUUAACAAUCGCAUUGAAGUAAGAAUCAGAUGUCUCGGAGUGCCCCCAGUGACUGUUGUCAUAAAUAACGCAUGCGAAACCACCAUUCUGGAUCUGAAGAGUUCUUUGUCCACCAAAAUCGGUAUAGCCGUUUCAGAAAUUAAUAUAAUAUUUGAUGCAACAUCUCUGAACAACGGAGACACCCUGGUCGAUGCGGGAAUUCACAGUUCUAACAUCGUCAUCGUGCGCAGAUUCUCACCACCUGAAAGAAAAUAUGUUGAUGGCGUCCAACACGACUGUAUAAACACAAACCUGACACUACAUUGGAUACUUUGUGACCCAUUGCAAAGUUUUGAUCUCUAUGACUGGAUUUUAGGGGAUACGGAAUUAAUUUUGAACUACUCUCAGUUAAUCAAGACAUUGCAACAUCAUUUUAAUUCUAGAUGGCUACCACAAUAGCAGUCAGAAAAAUAGCAAUUUAUCGCAUUUUACAUCGACUUGGGCAAGAAAUUCAGUUAUAACAACAGUUUUGUAACUGAGAUAUUGCAUCAUCGUUUAAAUUCAAGAUGGCCUCGAACUUGGGCACUAGCCUCUGGAUGUAUAGUUUACAGGAUUAAAACCGUUCUGGAUAAAAUUAUUAAACAAGAGUACCAGUGAAGUACAUGGUACGCCCAUCAGGAGCGUGAUGAAAAACCAUAUCUAUAUUAAUGAAUAUGUUAUGGGUAUGAUUCAAUUCUAAUUAUGUGACAUUUUUGCAACAGGAUGGAUGAACAGUUUGUUUCGGACCACCCACCAUUCCAAGUCGUUCCUACAUGUGAGGUUUGAUGGUCAUGUAUGCAUAUGUAUGCAAGAUAUGAUCCAGACAAGGAUUUACUGUUAUGUGCAGUAGACCGGGAAAAGUAGGUCACAAUGACCUAGUAAUAGAACGCGACACAUCGCCAUCCCAAGUUAUUCCUACAUGUGAGGUUUGAUGGUCCUGUAUGCAUCUGUAUGCAAGAUAUCGUCUGGACAAGGAUUUACUGUUAUGUGCAGUAGACCGUAAAAAGUAAGCCACAGUGACCUAGUAA